CAUGCGUCACUCCUUUGAAAAGUGUUUCAUGGUUCUCAUGACAGCCCUCGGCUUUUGGUGUUUAAACAUUAAAGCGUGAGGAGCUGCGUCAACCGAGCUCCACCACAGAGUGGCUCUCCAAUAUCUCCCCCUCCCCUCCAGUUGAAUAGCUGAUGGAACAAUCCUCAUUGCAGGGCGUGGAAGCCGACCAGAGAGGCUAGACAACAAGGAGUAACGGGCAAGCAGCGAGUAUGACUUGAAACUGGCUGGAAAAGAUAAGGUCUUUACGGAGAAAAACAAUUGUAAAAGACGAAGAGAAGCAAAACAAACGGAGCGUUGCGGUUGCGGAUUGAAAUCCAGCACGACGGGAAAUUGUAUCAGUGAAAAGUCUACGCGGAAGCCCCACUGAACUGAAACGAAUUGCGCUCGCGGUCACCACUCAGGAUGGAAGUAAAGUCAAACUGUUUACCGGCUGAUAUUUUUCGCUAAAACGCUUGGUGACGCAUUCAAAACUAUUUUUAUGAUCGACAGAAAGUUUAAAAUUCUCAGUCGCGAACUGAAAGGUCUUGGACUCGAUUUGACAGCGCACGGUUGGACGGGUGCGGGAGGACUCACGAUCCUAACUUUUGAGUGAACUGUCACUGCUUAACCAGCGAAAGAGGCGUUUGGAUUCUUUGAACUUGUUUCUGGAUAUUUUUUUUACAUUUUAUUUUUAAAUGCAAAGCUGCAACACAUCCGUUGAACCGCAGCCUCACUUUACCGAUCUGAAGAGGUUUUGCGUAUGGAAGCGCGUGCUCCUUGUUACCUGUCCAUUCGUUUGACAUUUGAGCUCUAUAAUCGAGACUAAAUUAUAUUUUCAUCCACAUUGUAUUGUUAAAUUAUUAUCGUGAAAUCGUUUGAACCCCUCCUCCAGUCGUUGUACAUUUUGUGCCUGCAACUUGCACUUCAGCACUUUGACUCGUCGUCGUUGUUGUGCAUGCAGGUGUUUGUUUUGAUCCUGCAGCCAACGAAAACAUUCAUCAGAAGCUAUAGGUUGUUGUCACUCGUGUUUUAAGCUCCUGGCUCCCUCCUCCCCUCUUUUUCGACGUGCCAGCGAAUAAGGUCGCCUGUAGACACUUGCGGAUUUGCCAGAUCGAUAAAACAGUAGCUUUGUUUCUCCCACCACACACACACACACACACACACACACACACACACACAAACACACAAACAAACAAACACAAACAAAAGGAAGUCACUAAUACUUUUCUUACCUGGACGUGCAUUUUUGGUAUAUCAGGAUUGAGCUACAACGUUAUAACUGAGGAAAGGGGCAACACAGCCAUUGUUGCUACACACACCUGCGUUUUUUGACUAAUUAAAGUCACUGUAGGAUACCUAGACAGAAUAUAAGUAAAGCUUGCUAUUUUUAGCGAUAGUGAUGGGGUAAAUGGUGUUGAAAAUUGAGACCUACACCCCCACCCUUAAGGCUACCAACACUUCCAGGCUUAGCUCUGGUUUCCUUGUCAGCUUCUGAAUUAUCUGGUUUGGAAAAUUGAAGUGGUGGGUCCUGUCACAAGGAUCUCAGUCAUAUCCCACUCCUGUGAACAGUUUUUCGAAAAAGUUCUUGAUAUUUUAACAAAUGGAACCCCCUCGGCAUCGCAAGACAAUGAGUCUAGAUACAAAACAAGUAACGCAAACUUUAGUAACCAAAUAAGUUCAUCCCCAUAUAAACAGAGAAAUAUAAAUAUCUCUCUCUCUCUCUCUCUCUCUCUCUCUAUAUAUAUAUAUGUGUGUGUGUGUGUGUGUGUGUGUGUUGCAGAGUAUAUAUAUAUAGCUCUAUAAAAUAUAUAAGACACAAAGUUUGAAUAUGUAUAUUUUUAUGUCAAAAGUAAGCAUUGUUGCCUGAAACCCAAUCCAUUGCCUUAGAGUAACAUAUAGUAAUAAAGGGAAUAGUAUGGACAGAAAUGAAACAGUGUUUGAAAUAACUUAAUGGUGCCUUUUUCGUUCAUCAGUUGCUUCUGUCUGUCACUUCAGGAUUUCACAAGUAAAGCUAUUUUUGUGCGUAAAUCUUUAUAACUUGCCUUUAUAGUUCAAUCUAGAGUUUAGUUACCAUUGGAUGUACACUACUGGAUUAUUUACUGAAGCUAUAGGCAUGUGAGAAGGAUUAUCCUUUACUUGAUGUCAGCAAGUUUUUCAAAAGUACUUUUUGGGAUCCCCAACAAACUCAAUUAAAGACAUUUUUUGGAUAUCACGGGCCAACGCAUAAGCAUUUCAGAUGGUGAUCACUUCGUCUGUGGAGGAGAAGCCGCAGCCUUCUAACAGAAUGGUCGCAAACUUGGCGACCGAAUCCUGGAUUGGCAGCCCAGAUCAGAAUCGCUACUUGCCACAGUCACACCUACUACGGAAGCCGGCGAAAAGUGGAAGCAGCUCAGGAUGCAAGCCCCCUUCCUCUACCCUCUGCCAGCCUGCCGCCUUGGGCUUCUCCCCCGCUGAGCCAACCAUGUCGAGCCAGCACAGCCACCCCUCCUUCAGUAACAUCCACUCCAUGGCUGACCAGCAGCAGGUGCUGUCAGAUAUGACCAUCCUGCAGAGGAGGAUUCCGCCGAGUUUUCGAGAUCCCGCCAGCGCGCCACUACGAAAACUCUCCGUCGAUCUCAUCAAGACAUACAAGCACAUCAAUGAGGUGUACUACACGAAAAAGAAACGGCGUGCCCAGCAGGUUCCCCCUGAGGACUCCAGCACCAAAAAAGAGCGCAAGGUGUACAAUGACGGCUAUGACGACGACAACUAUGACUACAUUGUUAAGAAUGGGGAAAAGUGGCUGGACCGCUACGAGAUCGACUCGCUUAUUGGCAAGGGCUCCUUUGGACAGGUGGUGAAAGCCUACGACCACCACGAACAGGAGUGGGUGGCCAUCAAGAUCAUCAAGAACAAGAAAGCCUUCCUGAACCAGGCCCAGAUUGAGCUGCGGCUUCUAGAGCUCAUGAACAAACACGACACUGAAAUGAAGUACUACAUAGUUCACUUAAAGAGGCACUUCAUGUUCCGUAACCACCUGUGCCUGGUGUUUGAGCUUCUCUCCUACAACCUGUAUGACCUCCUGCGCAACACCAACUUCCGCGGCGUCUCACUCAACCUGACGCGCAAGUUUGCUCAGCAGCUGUGCACAGCACUGCUCUUCCUGGCCACGCCCGAACUCAGCAUCAUCCACUGCGACCUCAAGCCCGAGAACAUCCUCCUGUGCAACCCCAAGCGCAGUGCCAUCAAGAUUGUGGACUUUGGCAGUUCCUGUCAGCUAGGACAGAGGAUUUACCAGUACAUCCAGAGUCGGUUUUACCGCUCACCUGAGGUGUUGCUGGGCAUGCCAUAUGACCUGGCUAUUGACAUGUGGUCUCUGGGCUGUAUCCUGGUCGAGAUGCACACAGGCGAGCCACUCUUCAGCGGCUCCAAUGAGGUGGACCAGAUGAAUAAAAUAGUUGAGGUGCUGGGGGUCCCACCCAACCAUAUGCUGGAUCAGGCCCCUAAAGCACGCAAGUACUUCGACAAGCUGUCCGACGGCCUGUGGACCGUCAAGAAGAACAAGGACAUUAAGAAGGUACUUUAUCCUUCGGCCUCCGAAUACAAACCACCUGCCACGAGACGACUGCACGAGAUCCUGGGGGUGGAGACUGGAGGUCCAGGGGGGAGGCGGGCUGGAGAACAGGGCCAUGCGCCUUGCGACUAUCUGAAGUUCAAGGACCUGAUUCUGCGCAUGCUGGACUAUGACCCCAAGACGCGCAUCACGCCCUUUUACGCUCUGCAGCACAACUUCUUCAAGAAGACAACAGACGAGGGCACCAACACCAGCAGCUCCACCUCCACCAGCCCUGCCAUGGACCACAGCCACUCCACCUCCACCACUAGCUCGGUCUCCAGCUCUGGUGGAUCAAGCGGUUCUUCCAAUGACAACCGAAAUUACCGGUACAGCAACCGGUACUACAACAGUGCAGUCACUCACACAGACUACGAGAUGCAGAGCCCACAAGCUCCAUCUCAACAGCAGUUGCGUAUCUGGCCAGGAGGGGACAGCGGCAUGGGUCAACUGUCCAACAGCGGCAGUGAUUCCUCCUACCCUCAACUGCUGUUGCACAAGCCGGCGGCCACGCAGCACUCGCGCCACUUCCUGGGCAACAUUGGGGGUAUGAUGGAGCCGCACCAUCCCCACCCCAUCUACGGCAGCCACCACAGCAAUGGCAGACAGCUUCGGCAACAACAGCAGCAGAACCAGCCGCAGGGCCAGGCCUCGCAAGGCCAGCAGGGCCAGGGGCUGAUGCCUAUCUCCUCCCCGCAGAUGCAGGACAGCAUCGAGCUCAGCCUCACCCACCACCACCACCUGGGUCAGUCUUCCAUCAUGCAGCCACCCCCGUCGAGCUUGGACUCUAGUCAGUACGGCUCCUCCAACCUCCACCUGGGCCUCUCUGCCUUUCGGACUAGGACAGUCAUGGCCCCCCAGCAACCCCCGUCUGCUUCCCAGCAACAGUUGCCCCAGGCCCCAUCCUCCCAGGACAGCAUGGUCGCUGCCUCCGGUUUGGGAUACAUCCCUCCAUGCUACACCGGCAGCAACAACAAUAACAACCCGCCGCAAGGAAGCAUCGGAGUAGGGGGAAUGCUCACUGGGGGGCCGCUGCCCAGAGGAGUCGGGGGAGCUGGGGGGCGGCCGGAUUCCGAGGAGUCCGCCAUGAUGGCAGUGUGUGGCAGCGGCAGUGGGAGCGGUCAGAGUGCAGCCAACUCUUGAUAAAUCUUGAACAAAUUCCAAAAGCCAUACAAAAAUGUUAAUGAAAACAUAACAGUGACAAAAAUGCCACACACCUACGACAUGUAGUAAACAUAAAACACACACACACACACACACACGGCCACACAUAACAGAAUUUCAGAGAAAAACUUGUGAAAUAUCAAACGGUUGAUUUUUUUUUUUUUUUUUUUUUUUUUUUUUUUUUUUUUUGCAUGGGGGGACAAGGUCAAGGGAGGGCCUGAAGGGGAUGAUAUUAAACUAUUUUUUAGCUUUUUUUUAUUUGUUUUUCUUUCAUUGAAGGAGAAGAGCAGUGGAUGAAGUACUCGGAACAGAAGGUUUCAGAAAGUUUGAUUUUACCUUUGUCAUAUUAUUUGAUUGUAAUGCGAUUUUAGGACAGGUUUGCAGCGAGAGAUUUUGUUUGUUUUUGUUUUGUUUUUGUAUUUUUGGUGAGAGGAGAGUUUGGGAUUGAAAAUAAUGUUUUUUUUUUUGUCAAGACGACAGCAGCAAGAGACCGUACCCUUAUGCUUUUUUAUCUUCUUUUUUUUUUUUUCUGAAGUUUUGCCGUAAUUGUACAAAUUUUAAUUUAUUAAGAAUCACUACAUAAGGAAAUUAGAAAAAGAGCUAAAUUGAGAGGUGGGUUUAUUUAUUCAGUGUUUUAUUUAUACAGGUAUUUUUUUAUUUUUCACUUAUGCAUAGAAAACUACAAGCAAACAAAGUUAGGUUGGAAUUUUUGUUUUGGCUUUAUUUUGUUAUUGGUUGCUUUUUUCUAGUUGAGUAUAUUUCACCCAGUCACCUUCACACAUGCAACAUACAAACACACACAUUUUUUGUUACUUUUUUUUUUUUUUUCAAUGUUUCCAAUCUUUAUCUCGCUUGACACACUGGCUUAUAUAUCUCAAACUAUGAAAAAAUCCUACGAAUUAAAUAAAGCAAAUGACAGAAACUGUUUUUAGUCACCACACAGUGAAAAAACCUACUAACAACUAGAGGAGGCUGAACCAUGAGCCGCUUUCACAAGGAGAGAGGGAACGUAACCCAACUUUCACAUUAAGGAGGAAGUGAUACAGGAAAGUCUUGAAAAACAUCAAAACAUUUUGCCAGAUGGAAAACCAAAAUGCUUCCCUGUUGCUCGUUUCAGAAAAAUAGUCUGCCUUUUUCUUCACCAUCUCACUAGACUUUCUCACCUCUCUCUCUCUCUUUUGUUUCUGUCUCUUUCUCUUUUUUUCUAACCCUUUUUGUUUUGGACAGAAAACUAUGAAAGCAUUAACACAUUUGUAUUAACUCUGGAUAUGCUAAGCCAAAUCUUGCUGUCACUCUCUCAUCUUUCUGUAGCUCUCUUUCGCUCUUUAUUUUCUUACCCCAUAUUUCUGUUUGAAGGAAGAGUCUGGGGCAAGAUUUAGCAGGAGGGUGGAAUACUUCAAUUUGAAGGGACACUUUCAUGCCCUCCUGACUGCGGCCCCUCCCACUCUGACUUCAUUUCCUGCCUCUAAUUUUUCCUUUCUCUCCUUUCUUUAUUUCCCCCCUUCCUCCUUCACAACACUCUGUGAGUGCUGUUUGCCAUCAAAGUCAAAAAAGUGAACUACUUCUCUCUUGGCUGCUAUCUCCACUCUCAACCAUGUUCGGAUUGCUGCUAAAGAAAACAGACAGAUAAAUAAAUGAAUAAAUAAAUAAAUAAAUAAAAAUGAAAACAUUUUAACCCUCCUGCUUCAGAAAAAUGAAAAAUAAACCACUGCAUCUCAUGUAUUUAUUACUAUUUAACAAGGAAAAAAAGAUGAAAAAAAGAA